AUGAUGCCUGUGGAGGCUCUGCCGCCGCUGGUCAGGCGUCCUGUGCGGACAGCGGUCACUUGUACCCCUCCUCGCCUCCGGCCCAAAGCCCCCGUGACCCCCGAGCUGUACCGCCAGGGUCUGGCUGCUGCUGGGAGGCCGAAGCAGAGCGCAGUGGAGAGACUGGAGGCAGAUAAAGCUAAAUAUGUGAAGAGCCAAGUCGCACUGUGCAAGCAGCAGCCUGUCCGUCCUGCUGGGGCCAGCAAGGCCGUGCUGAGCCCCCGCUCUGCCCUGCAGCCCACCAGGAAGACCCCCAUCACGGGCAAGAACAAAGAGAGCAUCCAGCUGGACCUGGAGCACCUGAGUAACCUCAUCAGUGAUGUGAGCGACGAAGCCCAGCUCAGCGCAGAGACAAAGGCUCCAGAGACCGUCUCUCCACAGAAGAAGGAGCGCCCUCGUCCUCCCCCUCGCCCGGACUGGUCCAGUCCCGCCAAAGUGAGACUCAAAUCCCCCGCUCCACCAGAGGAGGCCGUGGCCGCUCCUGCAGCUGUGGGCACAGUGCGCAGAGUGGACGUCCUGCCUCAGUCCGGCUCGGCUCGGCCUCUGAGACCCGCACAUUUCAUGCGGCAGCCACUGCAGCCGCUCUUGUUGCACUCGCAGUUUCAGCUCCACGGGACGCGCCUCUUCCACCCGAGGACGUCCACACCACCCUCCCCGCUCAAACCUGUGGUGGCGACGCCUGUGAAACCUCCAGAGAACACUCCUCCCACACCCACCCUGCAGGCUCCCACUGACACCCCCCUACUGCCCCCACCCUCCCCCGCCAUCACGCGCCUCUCUUCCUCCAGCGGCAGGAAAAGGCCGUCUCUGUCGCGCUCCAAGUCGGACCUGAGCGACCGCUUCUCCCGAGCGGACACGGAGCUGGAGCGCUUCUUUAACCUGUGCGGCGUGGACCCUGUGGACUUACGGGAGCGCCUGGCCUCCAACUCGGACAUCGUGUCUUUGGCGCGCUUCCGCAGCGUAAGCGCUCCCGGCUCGGAGUGUGCGGGCUCAGGAGAGGCGGCGGAGGAGGAAGAGGAGGAGAGUGCCCCGCGAGUCCCGUACGGAGUUUCUGUCAUUGAGAGAAAUGCCCGCGUCAUCAAGUGGCUGUAUGGAUUACGUCAGGCCAAGGACAGUGCGAACAAAAGCACUAAUUUAGCGAUGACUGAAUUCGUUUGGAGACAUACGGAGCGAGUUUUGAAGUGGGCCAUGAUGAGUUGCAAACAGAAGUCCGAGGGCAUUUCUCUGCGGAGGAAGCUGUGUUAUGCAGCAGGCGGGGUCCCGUAUCAGAUGACCACUGUCCCCAUAGGUGUCUCUCUGCAGAUAUUCCUUCUAGAUGUUGUUCAGAUGGAAGCUUCUUACGUGUCCUUGAUUCUGUUCGUGAGUCGGGCCUGGGACGCCGUGACGGACCCCCUGAUCGGGUAUUUGGUCAGCCGCAGCAGCUGGACGCCUAUUGGAAAACUGUCUCCAUGGCUACUGCUGUCCGCGCCCCUCGCCGUCCUGUCCUAUGUGCUGCUCUGGUUUGUGCCCGCUGCCUCCAUGACGGCCGCUCACACCGUGCUGUGGUUCCUGCUGGUGUGCUGCCUGUUCGAGACGCUGAUGAGUUGUUUCAAUGUGCCGUACCUCUCCCUGAACAUGUUCCUGGGUGGAACCAAGAGAGAGAGGGACUCCGCCACCGCCUACAGGAUGAGCGUGGAGAUGGUGGCCAUGCUCGUCGCUUCUAUAAUUCAGGGCCAAGUUGUGGCUUUGUACAACAGGGAGAAGCAGAGAGACUGUGAGGAGUGGGACCAGCAGGCUCCGAGCACCUCACCGCCCUCACCGCUGCAGGGGACGAAAAGAGCCUUUUUGACCUCCGCCUUCAUCAUCGGAGCCGUAGUUUUCCUCUGCAGUCUCCUCUGUUUCCUGGGAGUCAAGGAGCAGAGACCCCCGGGCCGCUCUGAGGUGAAGACCCCGAUACCGUUUGGAAUCUUAUUCAAACUACUCGUGCGUUUUGUUCCGUACCAUCGGCUCGUGCUUGCCUUCACGAUCACCACACUGGGUUUUCAGAUCUCUCUGGGUAACUUCGCUCUGUUCUGCAGUCAUGCUGCUGGGCUCGGAGCGCACUUUCAACACAUACUCUUGGGUUCUGCCACUGUAGCUGUUCCAAUUUGGCAGCUGGUGCUUUUGAAAAUUGGGAAAAAGACGACCAUUUUGAUCGGCCUGACGCUCUUCAUCCCGGCUGUGGUUCUCGGGGCGUGUUUUCCCACCAGUCUGACAGUCUUCAUCAUGAUGUGUGCGGUGAUGGGCUGCAGUGUGGCCGCGCUCGUCCUGCUCCCCUGGUCAAUGCUUCCUGAUGUGGUGGAUGAGUUUACAAUGAAAAACCCCGGUUGUAAGGACCCAGAGCCCCUGUUUUUCUCUUGUUACUGCUUCUGUAAUAAACUGGCUGGAGGCGUGGCAGCUGGAGUCUCCACUAUGACUUUGCAAUUCGUGGGCUACAAGUCGGGAGCAUGUAACCACGGCGAUGACGUAGUGACGGCACUCAAAGUUCUGUUUUCAGCGGUCCCCGUCGCACUGCUGCUUUUGGGGAUUUUGGCGUUUCUCUUCUGCCCAAUCAACGAAAAGCAGAAGUUGCAGCCGCAGGAACACAUCACUACUGUUGAUUCAUCGGUGCUGCCGUCAACAAUGGGACAAUGUGUAGAUGAAACCUUAUGUGCACCUGAGACUUCCACUGAGGCGCCUUCUCCAGAUGAAAUGGAAAGAAAAAAAAGGCCUGUCAGUCGACCUAAAUGUGUGGUCUAUCCGAAUACCCACCAUUCAGCAGAGAAUGAGAGGAAUAACAGAGACACAAACACUGGUAAUUACAAGUCCAAAGUCUCGUGGGUCUAA